UUUUACUGCUGUGGUUUCCUACAAUAAAUACAUGGAGAAAUGCAGUAAAACUUUACAAGCCCAUAGUCACCUGUUCUGAUCCAUCGCCCCCUCUAUGAUUUCACAGACACACAUGGCAAGUGCAGGACAAGCCCAUGGCUAACAAUGUUGCCUACACUUCUGGAGAAUUGAGCCUUCACACAGAUUACCCUGCUCUGCACCAUCCACCUGGAGUGCAGUUCCUGCAUUGUGUCCGUCAGGCUGCUCAGGGCGGUGAGAGUGAAGUGGUUGAUGGGUUUCACAUGGCGGAGCAGCUCCGCAGGGAGGAUCCUGAGGCGUUUAACAUCCUCUCCUCGCUCAGGGUGGAUUUCACAGACAGCGGUGCUGACUACUGUGACUUCAGCGUGCAGUCCAAAAACCACAUUAUAGAGUAAGACAGACUGUGGCU